CUGACCUUGACCUAAUUAGAGGAAGUAUUGACAGAUCGAGUGUUAUUGAUUGAUGGGAGGUGAACAAAGCAGCCCGGUGAGUGGCCCUGCUGGCAGCCAGUUGAAAUCACAGAGAGAUGAAGAUAUCCCAUACACGUCUUACUCCAUCAGCAAACCAAUAGAUGAUGCUCCAAAGCAAUCUCCAAAGCUACGCAGCAAGUCUGCUGGUUCAGCAGAGAGUACAGAGGGUGGAGGGACAGCAGCGACAUCUGGUGGUGGCAGUGGAGGUGGUGGCCCAAAACAUGACAUAGUAGUUGUUGCGGAGGGUGUCAGUCAAAAACCAGGCAUAGACCCAGAACUAAUUAAACUACAAACCAUUCCCAUGUUUUUGCCUGUAAUUCGAGGAUCUCUGAACAUACCUAAUAUAAAGGAGACUGAGCUUGGAGACAAAUUAGAUUAUGGACCUGUGUUAGAGUUGUGUUUACGUUAUCAGGAACAUCUAAAGCAGUGUGCUGAGGCUGUAGCUUUUGAUCAAAAUGCACUAAGUGUGCGUAUCAAAGAGAUUGACUUUGCCAUAAGAACCAUCAUGGGAAUCGUCACAGAGCGCCAGAAAAAGUAUGCCAAAUAUGCUGAACAACUGCAAAAAGUCCAUGAAAUGACUACAACUUUAACACGCAUUAAGUCUAGUGUCGAGUACACAUUGAGUCAGAUGGAACAGCUAAACAAACUACUUCCCCCUGAAGAACAACUUGAACCAUUUACAAUUUCUCCAAGUCAUAGUGUAAACUGAACAGUCUCUUUCAUCAAAUCUGAUCAGACAAGACUUGAAGAGAAACAAGAGAAAGGAAUGCCAUAACUGCUCUUUAUUUAAUUGUUUUAUUUAAUAAUUUAUUCAGCAAAUUUGAACCAAAAGAUACAUUUAUAUAUUAAAAAUCUGACUAAAAUUGCUACUAUUCCAGACGUUGCCUUUGAAUUUGUCAGCCUUGUAGAACUCCAGGUGGAAUACCAAAAAAUUGCCAAAUGAUAUUCAUUAGUUAAAACAUCUUUUUUGUUAUAUUUGGUUUAUUUAAUAAUAAUUUACAAAUUUGCCC